CUUUCCUGCCAUGUCUCCGUAAAUGCUCAUUUCGCACUCCCCACAUCUAUUUCGGCAGCGCAAGAACUUGCGAAUUCGGAGGACCGGCAGAAACAAUUCAAAAGCUUCCCAAAAGAUUACCCCGAGAAUGUGAAGCGGAUCAUCGGCGAAAUCGGUCGGUACCACCAAGAGAUACCACUGUUCAAGAUUAGUCAAACGAAAGACGUCUUCCUUAAGACCGUGUCUGUAUACCUGGCGAGGAAUCCACAGCAACAGCACGACCCCACACUGAUUCACAUGGCCGGGCUAUUCGUGUACGUCUACCACGACUCCCCUUCCGAGCUCUACUUCUGUUUCGAAGCUCUGAUGGACCGUCUGGGCUUCUCCGACCCCAACAACCACAAUCGCGCGCUGAGUGACUUCAUGAACGCCUUCCGCAUGUCCAUGCCUGAGCUGUACCACCACUUCGAGGACGAAGAGGUGGACGCGAGAGAUUGGGCGUUGAGUUGGAUGAAGUCUGUGCUGGCUGUAGAGCUGCCGCUGCCCUGUGCGAUGCGUCUGUGGGAUACGUACUUUGCCUACCACGAGGAUGGCUUUGCGUUACACCCCUAUGUAUGCCUAGCUAUUCUGCGGUAUCUGCGGGAAGAUCUACAGGACUACGAGCGAGACGAGAUCAUCCACCGCCUGCGCCAUCUGCCCGAACUGGACAUUGACAUGGUGUGUGCUGAGGGUGUUGACGGGUGUUUGUGA